AUGACGUCCACGGUGACCACGCCCACGCCCAGCCGCCCGCUCCCGGCGGGGCCCCAGCGCCGCCGGUACCGGCCCACCGUGCUCGCCAUCGCCGGCGGUAGCAAGCCGCCGCGGCGCCGGGCGCCUGCCGCCGCCACCAGCUGCGCGGCGCUCGCGGCGCCCGAGAAGCAGAGCACGGCCACCGCUAAGAUCCAACCUUCGCCCGCGCCGGUGCCGGUGCCCGAGGGCACGGACUACGACGAGGUGGCCGCCACGCUGGAGACGCUGUACAAGCUGAGCCCCGUCAUCGUGGAGGAGGACGAGAAGAGGAGCAAGAAGCAGGCGGCCACCAAGAAGAAGAGGAAGCAGGGGAUGAAGAAAUCAGCAGCGACAACGACGACGGCGACGCCCAGGAGGACAGUGGUGGUCAGGAGCCAGCGGCGCCGGCGGAUGGACCUGGGGAAGAGGGUGGAGAUGCGCGAUCUGGCCGCCGGCAAGGAGGGCGAACACCGGGACGAGGAGCGGGAGUUCGAGGAGGCGCUGCUGCGGGAGCACGCCGUGUCGACCGACAUGGGCAGCCUCGACUGGAGGCGGAUGAAGAUCCCGCCGGUGCUCUCCGCCGCGCAGAGCGCUCGCCUCUUCAAGAUCAUGCAACCCAUGAAGGCCAUUUUGGAGGUGCAAGAGAACCUGCGGAACGAGCUGCAGAGCGAGCCGACCGACGCAGAGGUCGCCGAGGCCAUGAACAUGCCGGUGCAGCGGCUACGGCGGCUCCGCGACGUCGGCCGGGCGGCGAGGAACAAGCUCAUCAAGCACAACCUACGGCUGGUCCUGUACGCGAUCAACAAGUACUACCCGGACAUGACCGGCGACGAGAGGUUCGCCGACCUGUGCCAGGCCGGCGCCAACGGGCUCAUCACGGCCAUCGACCGCUUCGAGCCCAAGCGCGGCUUCCGCAUCUCCACCUACGCGCUCUUCUGGAUCCGCCACUCCGUCGUCCGCGCCAUGACGCUCUCCAGCUUCACCCGCUUCCCAUUCGCCAUGGAAUCGGAGAGACAGGAGAUCAACAGGGCGAGGGAGGAGCUGUCGUUCGAGCUCGGGAGGACGCCGACGGACGAGGAGACGAUGAAGAAAGUGGGGCUGUCGCCGGCGAGGUACCGCGACGUGGUGCGGAUGACGAGGCCGACCUACUCGCUCCACUCGCGGAACCGUGUCACGCAGGAGGAGCUCAUCAAAGAGGUCACCGACGUGGACGCCAUCGGGGUCGACACCCACAAGCACAACCGGCUCCUCCGCCUCGCCAUUGACGACCUCCUGGAUUCGCUGAAGCCCAAGGAGAGCGUGGUGAUCAGGCAGAGGUUCGGGCUGGACGGCAGAGGGAGGCGCACGCUGAGCGAGAUCGCCGGCAACCUGAGGAUCUCGAGGGAGAUGGUGCGCAAGUACGAGCUCAAGGCGCUCAUGAAGCUCAAGCACCCCACCCGGGUCGACUACCUACGAAGAUACAUGUGA